GUUAUGGUUUAAGGUUAUAUUUACAUUUUGAGUUUAUUCUAUGCAAAUAUAAUAUAAUAUACAAAUGUUUCGUAAAAUCUACGUUGGUAGAAAUUUUUCUGAUGCAAUUAAUGCAUUAAGAAACGCAUCUACUAAUCCUUCAAAUCGAAUACAGGAAUUUAGAGAGAAAUUAAAUACUUAUAGUAAUGAUAUACUAACAGAUUCAUUUAAAAGACAUCAUACUUAUCUUAGGAUUUCAAUUACAGAACGUUGUAACCUUCGCUGUACAUAUUGUAUGCCAGUGGAAGGUGUCAAAUUAACUGCAAAAGGUGGAAUUUUGACAACAGAAGAAAUAAUUAGGCUAGCAGCUUUGUUUACGAAAGAAGGCAUAUGUAAAAUACGAUUGACAGGUGGUGAGCCUACAGUUCGUAAAGAUGUGGUUGAUAUUAUUGCGGAACUAAAAAAAUUAGAAAAUUUAGAACAAGUAGCAAUUACAACAAAUGGUUUGACAUUAACACGUCAAUUACCAGCUCUUCAAAGAGCUGGUCUAGAUGCUUUAAAUAUUUCACUCGAUACUCUUAAAGUAGAUCGAUUUGAGCAAUUUACACGUAGAAAAGGAUGGGCAAAAGUUAUGGCUUCCAUAGAUUUGGCUGUUCAACUAGGAUAUAAUCCAGUAAAAGUGAAUUGUGUAGUAAUGCGAGGCUUUAACGACGAUGAACUAGUUGAUUUUGUUGAUAUGACCAAAGAUCGUCCAUUGGAUAUACGUUUUAUAGAAUACAUGCCAUUUUAUGGAAAUGAAUGGAAAGAAAAUAAGAUGGUUUCAUUUAAUGAAAUGAAAAAGAUUAUUAGGCAAACUUAUCCAGAGUUUCAGGCACUACCAAAUAAAUUAAAUGAUACAUCCAAGGCAUAUCAAGUUCCUGGUUUUGUUGGACAAGUAGGCUUUAUUACAUCUAUGACUCAUAAUUUUUGUAGUUCUUGUAAUCGAUUAAGAAUUACAGCGGAUGGUAAUUUGAAAGUUUGUUUAUUUGAAGGAGAUAGUGAAGUCUCGUUAAGAGACGCUCUUCGCAAUGGAACAUCCGAAGAAGAUUUAAAAGAAAUAAUUCGUAAAGCAGUAUGGGGAAAGAAAAAACAACAUGCAGGAAUGUUCAAUUUAUCCCAGAUGGAAAACAGACCAAUGAUUUUAAUCGGUGUUAAUCAAAGAGACAAAUGUUUGUUUAAGACAAAAGUGCAAUACAAGAAACAUAAACUACUAGAAAAUGUCUCUUGGGAGAAUUAUGUAUCAUAUAUGAAUGACUUUGGUCAGCAUCAUCAGCGAGUUGCUAGAAUGUAUUCUACACUUUCUCAUAUAGAUGAAACUGGCAAAGCUAAUAUGGUCGAUGUAGGAGGUAAAAAUGAAAGUAAACGAAUAGCAAUAGCUAAAGGAGAGAUUCAGGUAGGACCUGUUAUAAGUAAAUUGAUAGCAGAAAAUAAUGUAAAGAAGGGAGAUGUAUUAUCAGUUGCACAGUUAGCUGGCAUAAUGGCUGCUAAACGGACUUCAGAAUUAAUACCAUUGUGUCAUCCUCUAAAUGUAUCAUAUAUAAACGUAAACUUAAAAUUAAAUGAAGAAUCGCAUUUAGUAGAAAUUAUAGCCGAAGUAAGAUGUACUGGAAAAACUGGAGUUGAAAUGGAGGCUUUAACAGCCGUAUCAUUAGCUGGACUUACAAUUUAUGAUAUGUGCAAACAUGCAGCCACUACACAUAAUAUGAAAAUAACAAAUAUAGAAUUAGUAUCGAAAACAGGUGGUACAAAGGGUAAUUAUAUUAAAAAGUAAAUUGGUGCUAUACAUUGUAAAUAAUAUUGAUCAGAUAUUUUUAUAAAUUUGGAUAUUAUCAAUUAUUUAUAUUCCUGUGGAAACAUGAAUAAUAUAGAAGAAUUUUAUUCUGUUAUUUUUUAUAACAGCG